AGUGCGCGCCAAGCAGUUCGCCAUCUGUUGGAAAUCAUUAGAACCGUGCGCGCAUUUGACACGCCUCCUCCUUCCAUUACUCUUUCGCUCAGUUCUUUGUGUACACGGUUGUCGGAACCAAACACUAGGAAACAUGGGUAAAAUUAUGAAGUCGGGCAAAGUCGUGCUCGUCCUGACCGGACGGUACGCAGGCAAGAAAGCUAUCGUCAUGAAAAAUUUCGACGAGGGCAUUGCGGAAAAGCCUUACGGCUGCGCCAUGAUCGCGGGCAUCGAGAGGUACCCCCGCAAGGUGACAAAAAACAUGUCGAAGGCUAAGCUACACAAGAGGUCCAAGAUUAAGUCCUUCGUUCGCGUUUACAACCACAAUCACCUUAUGCCCACCAGAUACACUGUUGGUGACAUUACCUUAGAUAAGGUAACCCCUAAGGAUCUUAAGGAUCCCAUGAAGAGAAAGAAGGCAAAGUUCCAGGCUAAGCAGAAGUUUGAGGAGAGAUACAAGUCCGGAAAGAACAAGUGGUUCUUCCAGAAGCUCAGAUUUUAAACUGCUGGUUAAUUGGUAAUAAAAAUGAGAAAAUCCAGAA